AACACAUUUUUACAGUUCGUAGAUUCAGAAACAAAAACCCACCAACAGGAACACAUCAAGACAAGUGACACUGGUGACUAAGUGUGAAGUUAUUACGUUCUGAUAUUGAAGCUGAUACAGAAUUAGCAGCUGCAUUGAUCAUUGAUCACUGUGGUUGUGGUUUCAUAACCUCUCAAGGACGACAGUGGUUUUUGAGUUGACACGUGGUUGUCACACUAACAAAAUGGGGAAAAUUAAGUGGAUACUAGGAAGGAGUCGAACCCCUGCCCUGGUGUUUCCAAGAUGUGUGCACACGCGCCAAAGCGACGAAUUCUUCACCUCUUCAGAAGAUUCUCUGCUGGGGCGUCACAGAAACAGAGAUUCAUCUACAGCAACAGUCAGCACUGGGUCUACCAGCACCGUCAACACCCACAAAUACCACCAAUACAAGUGCAGAGAAAACAGAAUGUCAUCCAGUACGCAAAAGGAGCUCAAUCUCCUGAUUACAACACCACAAGUGCCGGAGUUCAGUCCGAACGAUGACAGUUUAAAAUACAAAGUCACUGUUCAAGAACCAUCGAUACAGGACAAUGAUGUCUGUGAUAUUAAACCUCAGCCCCAACUCAAGGACACCGAUUCAUCUAAGAGCAAAAUCGAACCAGAAGUUCAAAUCAAAUGGAUACCUCAAGUCUUGGCGGCUUUGUCUGUUUCCCUAGGAUCCAUGAUAGUUGGUUUCGCUUCUGCAUACACUUCACCAGCACUAGAGUCAAUGGAUGCAGCCAACAGCACAGUACAUCCCGAUAUGCAAGAGAAAUCGUGGAUUGGUAGUUUAAUGCCACUGUCCGCCCUACUUGGAGGGCUUGCUGGAGGACCUCUGAUCGAAACAAUUGGCAGGAAGACUACAAUCCUUGCGACAGCAUUGCCAUUCGUUAUCUCGUGGCUGUUGAUUGCCUUGGCUGUAAAUGUGCCUAUGCUGUACGCUGGUAGAGUGGUCGCUGGGUUCUGUGUAGGCAUGGCAUCGCUGUGCUUUCCAGUGUAUCUCGGAGAAACACUUCAACCAGAGGUUAGGGGGAUGUUGGGACUUCUACCAACAACGUUUGGUAACGUAGGAAUCUUACUGUGUUACUCUGCUGGAAAAUAUCUGGACUGGUCUAUGCUUGCAAUUUUGGGAGCCUGCAUUCCUGUACCAUUCCUAAUUUGCAUGCUGUUCAUCCCAGAGACACCGAGAUGGUACUUUUCAAAGGGUAAAGGAGAAGAAGCCAAGAAAUCUCUCCAGUGGUUACGUGGAAAAGACACUGAUAUCUCACAUGAACUAAGGGAAAUUGAAAAUUCUCAUACUGAAUCAAAGAAGAGCACUGGUUCAUCAUUUGAAUUAUUCAGCAAGAGCAACAUCAAGCCUCUGCUUAUCUCUCUUGGACUCAUGUUCUUCCAGCAAAUGAGUGGUAUUAAUGCUGUUGUCUUCUACACAGUAAUGAUUUUUGAGGCUGCUGGAAGCACGCUUGAUGGCAAUACGUCCACAAUUAUAGUUGGCGUUGUAAACUUUGGUUCAACGUUCUUGGCAACCAUGCUGAUUGAUCGUUUUGGACGCAAAGUGUUGCUCUACAUCUCUUCGGUAGCCAUGGUACUCUCACUGAUGGUUCUCGGCACAUUCUUCUACAUGAAGGACCACACCGAUACUGAUGUAGCUCCUUACGGCUUACUUCCACUAGUCAGCUCUGUUGUUUACGUUAUUGGCUUCUCAUUUGGUUUUGGUCCAAUUCCCUGGCUAAUGAUGGGAGAGAUCUUACCAGGUAAGUUCACUCAAACUUCAUUAGCGUAGCUUUAUUUUUAAAUCCAUUUAACACAUAUUCAGACCCAUGAUCAAUCACACAACCAGUGUAACUUCUCCUCUCUUAAAAUUUUACAACUGAAAAUUUCUAAUGCCAUAAACAAUAUAGUAUUUGUUUUUGAAGUUAAUUUUGUAGUUACCAGAAAAACUCAAACAUGCUUUGAAUUGACAACAGUUAUGCAACAAGUUAAAUAUCUCACUGAAAUACUGAUACUUCAAAGUGUGUUAAAGAAUAUAGUUAUAAUAACUUGAUAGGAUUAAAAAUUAUAUUAAAAUU